AUGCUCUUCCUCGCCGCACUCGUCGUCCUCGUGCAGCUCGCCCUUGCAGUGCCGACUUCCAACACCAAGAAUUCUCGCCGUCUCGCCGUCCACCUCACGAAUGCCAUCACUGGCGACUGUGACUCGCUCGUCGAGGAGAGUGCCUGGGUCAUCACCAACCUGACCUCCUUCCAGGCCUACCCUUCGGCGAACAGUAUCAGCUACUUCGCCUUCAGCUUCGAAGACAUCAACCCAGGCCUCGGCUUGAAGACCAGCUGCUCCAACUACCUUCCUCGCGGAUCCAACGCCACUGUCGAAAAUGACAGAUACCACCUUUGCGACAGCCACGACGUUCAAUUCAAGUACAAUGGCCAGAUCCUGCAGGUCGAGCGUUGGUACCAAGAUCCAUGCCUGGGAAAGCCUCCGUACGAUAGUGCUAUCGCUCAUGGCCGCGCGAACGUGACCUUCACAAAGACGCGGGCACAGGAUGGCGUGCUGGCCACUCAGGUCCGGAUGGAGAUGCCCAUCACGUCUCUUUCAUAA